CAACAUAAGAAUUUGACAUUCGGUGGCAACUACAUCGAUAAGUGUAUUUAUUGCUCAAACUUUCGGUGUGGCAUCACCGUGGGUGUGAUUGUGACUGCUAACAAAAAAAAAAAACCUACUUGGUGUACAACGUCUCGUGUUAUAGUGUAAACGUCUGUUAAAACAACAUAAAUUGAAGAAAGCUGAAAUAUAAAAAAAAAUUGUAUCCUAACUGUAUUAAAGUCAUAAUUAUAAAAAAUCACCAAAAGGAAACCGUGGGAAAUUAUUUGUGCUCCAAAAACUUGCCCAUUUGUAAAGAAGAAAUUAUAAAUUUUUCGUUUGUAAUUAAGAUGGUUAUGUAGCUGCAUCACUCGGAAGUCAUCUUUAACCCCUUAAAGUGGGACGCUACAAAAUCUGUGUUAAUCAUACACGGUAUGCAAAAAACGGCUUCUUUCGGACCGUCAGUUCAACCAAACAUUUCGAAAGCCAUGCAGUCACAACCCACACAAAACAUGAUUAUGGCGGCAAAUAAAAAGAAAAAAUAUCAACAAGCUCCGCCACCAAAGCAAUCGCAACAGCAAAAUAAUCAGCAAUUUCAAAUUAAUAGUUCAUACAAUGUUGUAACAUUGUUGAAAACUUCUCCUAUUGCACAGAAACAGCAACAAAAUUCGCAUGCAGCACAGAUAGUCCAACAAAGUUACGCAAAUGUUGUUAACAGAUCUAUACCGCCGGAGAUAAGUAACAGCCAAAUUAACACGGAAUAUAAUAUGAAGAGCGGGACGCUAUACAAUGUAAAACAUCGCAGCAUUAGUAAUUGUAAUAAUAAUAAAACUACUAUGAUCGAUGUCACUCAUACGAAAGGAUUUGUUAGCCCAACCGAUUUUGGCGUUGGGGCCAAUAUUAAUGGUGUACUCAUUACCGGAAUACAUAUAGCGAAUGGUAGCAAUAUUAAUGGAUGCGGUGAAAAUGGUAGCAAUGGUGGUAGUACUGGUGGCGGCUUGGUUGCAUUAACGAAUAGCCAAACGUCUCAUGGCAGUACGUUAGGUAUAGCGCUAGGUGGGACAGGUGGAACAGGCGGAACUGCUUAUACACAUGAAAAAAAACUUGUCGGUGUGAAUAUCGGUUGUGACGAUAAUAGGAAAUACGAUUAUAACAAUAAGUUGUUGCCUAACAAUAACUAUCAAUCCACACAAGAGUUUGUUCAACAAACCGUUACCAACAGUUCCAGCCAAGUACAUUCAAAUUCGGGAGCUAGUUUAUAUCGAGGACCUUCCGCUAGUCCGGCGCCCCGCAAUGGCGCUCGUCAUGUUCCGAUGCAAGCUAUGUAUCCACAAGCAAUGCAUCAAGGCGUUGUAGUACAGCCAUUUCCACAGUAUCAGCGUCAAACUUUUCCUGCGCCGUACGCACAAUACCCACAACCCUUGCAGCCAAACUAUCAAUAUACGUAUCCAUCGUACUACCCUGUUCCUACACAACGCGGUGCCGUAGGUGUUAGUACAGGUGUUGGUGUUGGUAGUCCAAUGGCAGUGCAGCCAGGACCUAAUGGACCAAUGUCAGCACCCCCAGGUGCAACACAAACACAAAUGCCGUUGGCGCCCGGAACGGUAUUAACUGCUGGUGCCGUGCCUCCUGGAGCUAAUCCAACAGUAUUGGGCGUUGCCCCAAAUCCUAAUGGACAACAAGUUGCCGUACAAUCAAUUGUAGGUGUUGUACAAACGACAGUUCCCACACAAUCUAGCCAAAAGUCGACUCGUCGUCGUACUCAUGCUAUCAAAAUCAUUGAUCCAUCCACAAAUAAGGACAUCUUUGAAGAUGAUGGAAAAAAGCCAUCAGCCAGUACAGAAAUUGAAUAUCCAGAACCAAAUUUGUAUGCCCCACCACCUAUUGUUAUGGCCGAGCGGCUGCGUAAUAUACCAUAUGACAUGAUGGGGGAUAUGACACAAAUGUCACGGGAUGGCACCCUUAAUCCGACUCCAAUAGUUUCGGCAAUAUCAGAUGGCCCUUCCGUGGAAAUUAUACCAGCAGUUCAUAAACCACGAGGCAAAAAAAUUCUUCCAAUCAUAAAUCCAAAAGAUGGGAAUUCUGUACACCCUACAGAACCGCAAUCAAGUGAUACAUUACUAUCAAGUAGGUCGUUGCAACAGCAUGUGCAGUAUCAGCCUCAGCCGUCAACAACGCAUGUAGAAGAAGUGCCUGCGGAAUCCGAUUGUGUUCAACAGCAACUGCCCUUUUUACAAACCCAUUCCCAACAAUCACAGCACAUCGUGUCACAAGCUAAUACGAAAAGACAGCCAGAGCAAGGAAUAUCAGCAGAUGCAAAUGUAGUUAUUACCGACCAAAUUAAUAGUCACGAAUGCAAGGGAGUGGCUGCUGAGGACGGCAAUUCUACGCAACAGCAACCAAUUUCUAACGUCUCGGUGGCUACCACAGUUAACUCAUCAAUUAGUGUUCCAAGUUCUACAGUAGCGUCGGAAGCUAGUCAAUACCCACAAUCUGCAGAAUUCCAACACCAACAAAACCAUUUUACAACUGUUGAGGUUGGAAUUGUCGAAAAGCCUGAAACUUUAAAAACGCUGAAUUCCACCGGUAGCCGGGCACCUGAAAUUUCGACCAAUCUCGAUGGUACACAACCGCAGACGACAGAUAUACUACCACAAAGUAUGCAACUUACACAAGAAACACCAGAAUUGGUAAACGAAAAACAAAAUAUUUCUAAUGUGGACAGUAGAACCGAUCAAUCUGCCGAAAGUAAUCAUGUUGAAAUUGAGCACGUUACUGAAAAUGCAUCUAUCGAGACACAAAAUCCUAGAGAAUGGGAAGACGAUGCUAAGGUGGUGGAUUAUAGCACAUCAAGUUUAAAUAAAACUACGGCUUCGUCGUUUAAUAAAGAUGAGGAAGCCGGAGACAGAGUUCAGUCUCAAAUUGCACAGUCUCAGGGUUCCAGAUCGCGACAUUCUGAGACAGCUGCAAAUGAAGGUGAUGAGACAGAUCGCGCGGUAGUAGCUAUAAAACCAGAAGAAAUUUCUGAGUCGAGGGAUAUAACGCUAACAACAACCGUUGAAAAAUUACCAACCGAAAAUUCGGCAUUAGACGAUACAGUCGAUGAAAUUAAAAAUAGUAAUUCUAGCAACGAAGGUAAAUCGAAUUCGAAUGAUAUUACUUCUUCAGAAUGUGUUGGUGAUCAGUCUACAACGCAACAAUCUCUGAUAAGCUAUAAUGAGGGUCAAUGGUCACCCAACAAUCCGUCAGGCAAAAAACAGUAUGACAAAGUGCAACUUCUAAAAUUACGCGAGGCGACAGCUUCUCGUCGACAACCUGAAGUUAGUAACGUAUCCAUAUUACCCACGCCUAAUUUGAUGCCAUCCUUUAUACGUAAUCCAAAGCGUGUUCAAUCUAUGGUCGGUUCCCUAAGCACUAAUCGUGGUGUUGCAGGAAGUAUAUCUGGCGCCGAAGGUUAUGGAAAUAAGCAGGCUUCUAUGUCCGGAGUGCAUGGACGUGGUAGCAUGAAAGGUAAAAAUGGGAUGAUACAUGUGAACUUGUCGCUUCACCAGGAUGUUAAAUUAAAUGAAACUGACAAUGCGUGGCGUCCUAGGGUCUUGGUUAAAGGUGAUGUUGAGGCCGAUCCAGAGGCUAAAUCGAAUCGUGAGAAGGAAGAACUUGUACGCCGUGUCCGUGGCAUAUUAAAUAAGCUUACUCCUGAAAAAUUCGACGCAUUAGUUGAGGAAAUAAUUAAACUUAAAAUCGAUACACCUGAUAAAAUGGAAGAAGUAAUGGUACUUGUCUUUGAAAAGGCGAUAGAUGAACCAAACUUUUCCGUCUCAUACGCACGUUUGUGUCAUCGUUUAAUUUCUGAGGUAAAGAGGAGAGACGAGCGCAUGGAAAGUGGUACGAAAACUAACCUUGCACUGUUUCGCGCAGCGUUGCUCGAUAAAACUGAACGCGAAUUUACACAAAAUGUUACAAAAAGUAAAGCAAAAGAGAAGAAACUACAGCCAAUUAUUGAAAAAAUUGCAAAAUGUAGCGAUCCAACAGAAAAGGCUGAAUUAGAAGCGCAGCUAGAGGAAGAGGAGCGAAAGAUACGUCGCCGCUCAGGUGGCACAGUUCGUUUUAUUGGAGAGCUUUUCAAAAUCUCUAUGCUUACCGGAAAGAUUAUCAACUCUUGCAUUGACGCUUUAUUAAAUCCAAAUUCUGAAGAUCAGCUAGAAUGUUUAUGCAAGCUUUUAACAACUGUUGGCGACAAAUUCGAACAAACGCCUAUUAACACGAAAGAAUCUACGCGUUGUUAUUCGUUGGAAAAAAUCAUGAACCGCAUGCAGGCGAUAGCAUCAAAAACUGACAAAGAUGGUGCUAAAGUCAGUUCUCGUGUACGUUUUAUGUUGCAAGACGUAAUUGAUUUGCGUCGGGACAAAUGGCAAUCUAAACGAAAUGAAGCUCCUAAAACAAUGGGACAAGUAGAGAAAGAAAUGAAAACUGAGCAAUUGUCUUCACAAUAUCUAAACUAUGCUGGAUCGGUGUCAGGCGGAGGCGGUUCUAAUGGACCAUCCUCGUUAGGUUCAAGUGGCAAGCGCGACGAACGAGGUGGUGGUGGUGGUAGAUACAACGAUAAUCGCUCUGGGUACAGCGGCAGUCAUAGCCAAAGGGGAGAUACUGGAAGCUUAAGACGUCAGCAGCAAAUUGGUGGCAACAGUGGCAAUAAUAGUGGCAGCGGAAUGCAUUUCAAUUCGAAUGGCGAUGACAGUACAUGGCAUGUGCAAACUAGCAAAGGAGGAAGUCGCGUUUUGGAUCCACUAAAAUUGGAGGGUUUGUCAACCGCAAAUAACUUUGAUAACAAAAAAAUGGGCGGCGUUGGUCUCUUUGUUUGGUCAAAUGGUUCAAGGCAAUCAUCAACACCGACGUCCACACCUACGAACUCGUUUGCAGCCUUAUCUACACUUAAUGAUAAUAGUAGAAGUAAUGACAGAGAUCGUGACAGAGAUCGCAGUGGACCGCGUAAUAAAGGAUCAUACAACAAGGGAUCUAUGGAACGUGAACGUUAUGGAAUGCUUCCACGAUCCGGUUCUUCACAAACGUCGCGAGAGAGCUCAUCGUCUCGCGGAGCACAGCAAUCACGAUCCGCCUUGUCUUCGUCGACUUUACCGAAAACAUCGAGCCACUCCAAAUACACGCAACAGCAAAUGCCAUCAUCCAAUAGAAUGUCAACUAAGCUUUCGGGUGCAGGGUCACUUUUGUAUCCUCAACGUGGAAUUGAUUCUUACUCCCAUUCAAAUCAAGCUGAUAAUAGCAGUAGUGGGAAACCGAAUCAGCCACCGGCGGCGGUGUUUGAAAAGCUCAGUGAUGAAGAUAUUCUAGUCAUAAAAUCGGUUAUUUCAGAUAUGGUAGAUAUAGGAUCAAGCAACAAAACACUGAGAAACGGUGUAGAAUCAUGUAUCCUGCGAGUUAGAGAGAAUCAACGCAGUGCUCUUUUGUCUUAUAUUAUGACAGAUUAUUUGCAUUUAAGACAUAUUGGAAAAUUGCAAAGGCGAUAUUUAGGAAAUGUAGUUGUAUACUUAAUUAACAGUAAUUUCAUAUCUGUCAUACAUUUUAAAUUAGCUUAUAAAAACUUCUGUGAAAUAGCCAGUGACUUAUCACUUGAUAUUCCUGACCUCUGGAAGUAUAUUAUCGAAUUCACAGGGCCAUUAAUCAGCGGAAAGCAUAUACAUAUAUAUGAUCUGUUCAACAAGCAAUUAACUGAAGAGGACCCAAGUUUUGGCAAAAGGUUUUUGAAAAUAUAUUUAGAAUAUUGUUUAAGUCAAAUCGGUCCUAGUUUUACGCGUACAAUGUGGAAGACGUCUAACAGUAAAUGGACAGAUUUCCUUGCAGAGAGUGACGUCCAAAGUUUUAUUCAAAACAAUAAAUUUGAAUGUAUCGAAAACGAUAAACUACAGCCUACAAUCGUUGUAACCGAGUCGAAAGAGGAUUAUGCCGCUACUGUUGCUGAGAGUGUGGAACACUUACUAAAGGAGGAAGCAGAGGCGGAAUGUAUAAUAGAUUACAUUAACGGAAACAUCGUUGAUAUUGAUAAACACUUUAUCAGGAGUUUAGCAACUAAGUUGUGUGAUUUCGCGAUUUCAUACAGAGAUAAUAGUUACAAAUUGGAAACUGACUGCUUCCAAAAGGUUUGCAUACCUGUUCUACAGCGUUAUAUUGACUCAAAAGAAGAAUUCGAAUUGGAAUGCUUAUACUCCAUGCAGCUUUUGGUAGCACGGUUAGAACAUCCCAGAGGACUGCUUAGUGACCUCUUUGGGGAACUAUAUGAUGCUGAUGUAAUCCCGCAAGAUUCAUUUAUUAAAUGGCGAGACUCGAAAGAUCAAUCAGCUGGCAAAGGUGUUGCUGUGAAAGGACUCAAUCCAUUUUUUACACAUAUACUUAGCAGUGAGACCAGCGACGAAAAUAAUUAAUGAAUGAACACAAUUGCAUAUACAAAAGCCUUUCGAUAAAGAUAAAGACUAUUAUAUUGUAUGUUUAAUACGUAUUCAAUUAGGAAGUAUUUAUGAUACUGUACAUCCAUUAACACAUUAUUGUAUGAAAACGCGGAACAAACCAUAAUUGAUAUACAUACACAUAUAUAUUGCAACUUUAAGAAGAAAAUUAUGAAAGUUUGAGUGAAAAUAAACAUCUUACCUAUUAAAAAUGAAAUAACAGGAAGUUUAUAUACAAUAUGCAAAUAGUGUUAUAAGCCAAUCUUAUAUAAUUUUUAUCGAUUCUAUAUUUUGGGAAACAUAAUUUUACGGAAAUCAUAAGCCUAUUUAAAAGCGAAUACAAAUUAAGAAGAAAAUAAUAUAUAAUAGAUUUUAAGAAAAUGAAGUUAUUGAUAAUUGUGAAGCGUAUAAUACAAAUGAAUCAUGCUAAGAACUAAAACAUCUUUAAAACUUGUACUAGCAUUCAUUAUUAUAUCUCUGAGAGAUUAAUCAUGUAAAAUAUAAUAAUUAAGCUUAUUGUAAAGAAGUUUUUAAAGCUAAAGCAUUAACUAAACUAAAAACGAAUUAAA